UGAUUAUUAAACUGAUAAAAACUUUAUCAUCGGAAGGUCUAUCCAGGAAUUAAUUUUCAAGUUUAGUUCAUGAAUUCAGAAAUGAGAAUGAACAUUUUGUAUUAAAGUGCUUAUUCUAAAGUUUCAUAAAUAAAUAAAUAAACGAAAUAUAAAUAAAUAAACAAAUAAAUAAAAAAUGAAUAAACAAAACAUAAACAAAUAAAAAAAAUUAACUAAUAAUAUUAAUAAUAAUAAUAAUUAAAAUUUUUCUAAUAGAAAAAAUAGUUAAAUGAAUUGAAUGUUUGGAAAAUGUACUAAUUUUGGAUUUUAUAAUUGAAUGUGUCAUUUAUAGAAAGUGAAAAUUUGUUAGUUUAAAGAAAAAGUUCCUAAAUAUAAAAAAAAUGAAAAAAAGAAAGAGAGUUAUCUUUAUUCAAGUUGCAGCUGGUUUGUCCAUUUUAGCCCUGGUUGUUGUUUGCUUAUCCCUGGGGACAAAUGAGUGGAUCACAGGAUCGGCCUCUGUCAGCAAUACUUCAUUAGAUAUUCAAGACUCGGAAAUCAAUCAUGGAUUAUUUACAGGCACCCUUAUAAGAAAGCCUGUUUCCACUCCAAUAUUCUACGAUAUUUACAUUUCGUGUAUUUGGGGAUCGAAUAAGUGUGCUUGGAGCUGCAGAUCAAAUGCGAAAUCCAGAGAAGAGGAGGUAGAAUCACUUCUUAAUGGCGAAAAUCCAGAAUUUUCGUGUUUGUCAACAGGAAAAAAUUUGAUGAGUUCAGUUUCUACAAGAAAAAGUGAAAAUGAUACGAGAAAUUCUAUAGUUUUUGUGAAUGCGGGUGCUUGGCUUUGUACCACUAUUCUAAUGAUUCUACAGCUUGUCGCCGUGACAGGAAUGUGUGCUCUUUUAAUUUUAAAUUCAUUUAAAAGUCCUGCAGAGACAUUUCUCAAUAUUUACGGUAUUUACCUGGUAGCUUGCCUCGCUAUUGGGCUCAAUUUAACCAGCCUAAUAAUUUAUGGUUGUCAUUAUAGCUUCGUAACGUCGUACAACAUAGCUAUUCGCGAUACUAUCACUGGAGAAUACACUUCUAGUGCCUAUUUAGGAUACUCGUAUUGGAUUCAACUACUUCCGUUGUUCCUGUAUGGAAUAUGCAUCGGAUUACUUUUAUGGCGUGAGAGAAUUGUAAACCGUGAACCCUUAGGAACAAAGAUCAAUAUCGAAAAUGCGGCUGAUUCAACUCUAGUCCUCUUUUAAUAUACUUAAUAUAUUUAAUAUAA